AAUUAACUCGUAUAACUCGAGUUAAAUCGAGUUGUGUUAAAUUCGACCAUCUCUAACUAUUGACAAUCAGUAAUGAUAGAUAAAUUGACAAUUAAUAUGACAGUUCGUCUUACGUGUUUUGUUAUUUGUUUGUAUUUAAUUUCAUUUAAAAUUAAAACACAGUGAAGUGUGAUAUGUAAUCUCCAAUUAUUAAACAAAUUUAUUGAAUUAUGGAGAAUAUGGUGGAAAGUACGAAUAUGCAAUGUUGUUUGGGGUGUCUGUGUAGAAAUGAUGAUCUUCUCCUUCAAAGUUAUAAUUUAAAAAAUAAGGCAUUGAAAGUAGUACUACAGAUGGACAACAUAUAUUUAUGUUACUUAUGCAAACGGAUAGCACAACACACGGAAUUAUUUAUACAGAAUGUCCAGAGCAAUCAAUUAUUAUUGGACAACUUUCCUAAUAUUAUGGACACAGAGUUUCAAGUAGUAAGAUCUGAAACUCAACCACUAGUCAAUUUAUCACAUUUCCCCCUAGAUAUAAUACAUUUGGAUGGCACAGACAAUGAUACGGAUUCCUUCAUCAUAUAUAACUGCAGUGAUAAUAAGGGAGUGGAUAUUAAAGUGGAAAUGAAAGAAGAAGAUGACAUGAUAUUAGACCAUUUGGAAGGAGAGUUUAUUGAUGAUGACACAGAAUAUCAAGCAUCAUUUGUUAAAGAAGAAGAUGAAGAUUUUCCACUUAAAUUGGAGAUAGCAGAUAUUAAUUUAAAAUGUCUCAACAAAUCGCUGAAGAAAGGGAAGGUGAAAAAGAAGAGUAUAAAACAGGAGGCAGUAAACGAGAGACAUAUUAAAAUAGAAACUUUAUAUAUAUCCAGAGAACAAUGUAUGGAAGAGAGAGUCAAGAUGGCGACAGAUAUAAAAUAUAUAAAUUCAAUAUAUAAAUGUGAAAAUUGUGUAAAAGGUUUCAAUUUUAAAGGCAGCUAUGACAAACAUAUGGAGAAACAUAGUCAGAGUAUAGGCGAAUUUCAAUGUGACAUUUGCAAGCAAAGAAUGGCCACAGAAGAAAAGUUACUCAGUCACAAGAGAUACCAUCAACAACGAUACAAAUGUUGCGAGUGUGGUCUGACCAGGAUAAGCCGACUGUCCAUACAGGAUCACUACACAGCCUUCCAUUGUAAUGGCUACUACCAGUACAACUGUCCGCACUGCUCUAAGGUUUUCAAACGUCAAGUAUCACUAAGGAAACAUGUUGUGUACUCCCACACGAAUAAACAACGAGUAUCCUGCGCGUACUGCCAUAAAACAUACGCCAACAAAGAAGUGCUGAAAGGGCAUAUGAUCAUGAGGCAUGCAAAAGAAGUGGCUGGCGGUGAGGUGAACAAGAAAUAUAUAUGCCAGGAGUGUGGUAAAGCUUUCAAGGCUCCGUCUCAUCUCAAGAACCACAGUAUAAAGCACUCGCAUAGACGAGAUUAUUACUGCGUCGAGUGUGACAAAAGUUUUAAGUCGAAUUCGAGUUUGAAACAGCAUUUAAAAACAGCAGCGCCCCACGUCAACUACGUAGAAUUACCUCUGCCGUGCCUGCAUUGUGAGAAGCGGUUCGCAAUCCGCCGUGACUUGGAGCGACAUACUAACAGAAUACAUCUCAACAUAAGGCCGCACCAGUGUGACAGGUGUGACAAAGCUUACGUUAAUGGGUGGUCGCUGAAUGAACACAAGCGGGUAGUACACGAGGGCUAUAAGAGACCACUCAAGUUCCCCUGUCCCAUGUGUGAUAAAGUUUUCGAUCGUAACCAAAUAUUAAAGGGUCACAUCAGAACCCAUACGGGGGAAAGACCGUACCAGUGCAGCAAAUGUCCAGCACAGUUCAGCCAGGCCUCCAUACUGGGGACACAUGUUAAGUUAAUACACCUCAAAGUCACCAGGGAUGGAAGACCAAAGGUUGCCAUGAAAUAAUGACAUAUAUCUUUUUUACACAAUAAUACUGUAGUUUGUUCUCCAUCCCAAAUGUGUACGUACGGCAAUAUGCCAAUUUUUAUGAUGAUUGGAAUUGUAAAAAAUAAAUUAAUAAUUUUCAGCAUCACUAAUGUAAACUUGCAAGCAUAGACAAUGUACAAAUGUA